UUCCCGAAAGGGGAAUUCUUCUUUGUUUUUAAUGUGUUGGCUCUGAAGAAUGGUUUAAUUUAUGUAUCUAAUUUCAUUGAAUGAUUUCUGUGCAUUUAUUCCAGCGAUUUAUUUCUUUAAAAUUGAUUUAAACAUUGUUCAUUGACAACAUUGGUUGCCAUUACAGUUGCGGAAGGCAAACGUUCACUGGGAAUGUCAAACCAACAACUAACAUGACGAGUGCUGGAAUGGUCUCACCUCCUCUAUUCACUUUGCCUUUACUCACUGAGGAAGGAGUUGUCCGUGUGCGAAAAAUCUGUGGAAAAUUAUGCAAUUUGCAUCACGAUUUUCGCACCGUACGCGGUCGUAAAGUGCGACAACGGGCGUAGGAAGAUGUCGUGCGUGUGACUGUUGUAAAGUGUGCGCUCGAAACGGUAAAUUUGUGCUAGAAAAUAGCGAGCAAACAGGGUGGUAUUUUUUUGUUGGUGGAGUGCUUGCACGUGCGUGUAUGUGUGUGUGUGCGUAUGCGUCAGAGUGAAGGGGAAGGAAGGAAAGCUUGCAUGAGAGCGAGACUGUGUGUGUGAGCGCAUCGUGCGCAGCAAAUGGUACAAUUCAUCUUGAUGUUCGAUGUGUUCUCCCAUCGCCGUUGUUCGUUCGCCGUCCGUGUUGUGUUAAAUGUGAAAAUUGUAGCGAUGGUGCUGUAAAAAGAUGGCCUGGUAAGGAAAUCAAACAAGCGAAAAGCGAAAACAGCCAGCUUUUCUCUAAGUGCUGAACGGAAAAGUGUCGCUGGAAGGGAAAAGGAUCAAAUGAAAAAUUUGCUUCACCACCGUCACUGCGUGCUUGCGAAGGUAUUCGCAGUCACGACGAGACACGAGAAGGAAGGCUACAAACAACAGCAGCCAGCAGCCAGCAGCCGGCGGAACAAAACAGCAGGAUCAAACGAGCAACGGUCGCGCGAGAGCAGCUGAAAAGGGAGAGCUGAUUUAAACAUUAAAAAUGGCCGCAUCGCAGGAAGCACAACAACAUUGUCGCUGCAAACGUCAUUGCCUUCUUCGAGCGAAAUAAACCUACCCCGAGAGAAGGCACUGCUCUUUGUUUGUGGCCGAGCUGCUGUGUCUGCCAAAUAAAACAAAACUCGACACGGCAGUAUGUAGCACCAUUGCGAACAAAAAAAAAGAUAUACACGCAUUUGUAAAAGUCAGUUUGUGCGUGCCAAUUGAUAAAAAAACUCUGAACGCAGCGUAGACAUGAAGCGGAAAACAUAAGGGAAAUAAAUGUGCCAAAAAAAACACUCCCGUAAAAACUCACUAUAAGCGUCAGCGUGUGUGUGUGUGUGUAUGCGUUGUUACAAAACUUCAACAAAGAGGAAAUCAAAGGUGUGGUGUGCGUAAUACCAGCCAUCCCUUUUUUCCUAUUGUGAACGGAUUGUUUAUUUUAUUGUUUUACCCUGUAAACGCACACACAGACACACACACACACACACGUACACGCUAACGUCCGAGUGGUCAGGUCGUUCAGGUUUUCCUAUGGCUACUAUGCUUCGUUCUAUACUGGCAAACGUCCUGCAGACGAGUUUCAGUAGCCUACGCUGAUUACAUUUUCCCACAUUCGUGUACGCGCGCGUGUGUGUGUGUGCUGGAAUUGGAUGUGGUUUCCAUACGCAAAAAGGAUGUCAUGCUGCUGCUGUCAUUCGAGAGAAACCAGAGUCGUUGGCACCGAAGUACACGGCACUUAUAAUUAGGCACGCAACAAAAGAAAAGUACAAACACACACACUCAGUAUGCGUGGCGUACAACAAUCAAGCUUUUGAAGCAUCCUCACAGAAUCUCUGGGACGUUCGUGACGCGCUGCUGCUGUAGGCUACAGGAUAUAAGGAAGAGCCCAUACGCUGCCACGACAGGUAUGGACAGGUGGCAUUGCUGAAGUGAAAGGACUGAAACACAGUGUAUGCAAUCACCCCUGGUAUCUGGUGCAAAUAACGGUGGCCAACUCACGAAGCCGAAUUUCAGCAAAAGAAAGCAAACAAAAAUGCAUCAAGCAUAGAAUAGCGUGAAGUUCCUUAACUGACGGCGCUCCUGCUGGUGUAAUAGUGGCGUAUCGUAUAUACGGAGUAAAAGGGAUAUCAACGGCACAUCUCUCCAAAGCAAAGUUUUGGCCGUUUUCUGUGGUUGCUGCUUUUUAGCGUAAGUGAUACGUAAAUAGAGCAAAAUGCCCAGCGCUUCCUUCUCAUCGUCCCGAUCGUAUGUACGCCGAUCCCGGCGAAAGGGCAACCGAAUUCCGCUGCCAUCGCGAACUUCCGCAAUCUGCGAACAGAACAUUCCAGCACCGAAUGUCGGUGCAGCCUUGUCGUCAAAUGGUGGUGGAAGUGGGGGAGCCGGCAGUGGUCCGGCCGUGACAGCUGCAGCUCCGCCGACAGCCGGCACCGGUCCUACGACAGCCGUUAGUACUACAAUCAGCUCCACCAAUAGCAGUACCUCCGCCAGCUCGUCCACAUCCAACGCUCCUUCCACUUCCACAUCGUCAUCAGCGUCAUCGUCGUCGACCACAUCGCCAAGCUCCUCAACGGCACUAACGGUUUCCAUCACCGGUCUAUCCGCAGCAUCUUCCAGCGUCAUGAUGGCACCACCGGGCGUGUGUACAUCGGCUGGUCUGACCAACUUCGGUGGCAGCUUCAGUGGCGCUGCAACCACCACAAACGUAGACAUCGCUGGACCUACGGUGAUGGUCUGCGGUGGUGGUUCCGCUUCCGGUACAACGAGUUCAUCAUCAACGACCACAUCCUCCCAGUGUUUGUCGGCAAUAACGGCGUCACUGUACGCGAUCGUCGGAUCCAGCAGUGGCAACAGCACUUCGACUGGGGCCUCCUCCUCCUCCUCGUUCGGGUGUUCCAGCUCUUCGUCGUCUUCCAUAUCAGGAACAGUAGGAGCUGGAGCAGGUUCAACCACAUGCGGACUGUCCGGUCCACUGUCCUCUGUUACGCUAUCCGAGGUGAAGCAGAGUUCCAACUCGCCAUACGAUCUGCGCAAAAAGUCCCCAAUGACGGCACACGAUUCAGCCAGUGCCAGCGGUGGAGGUAGCGGAGGAACUGGCGGUGGAGGAGGAUGGUUAGCGGGAGGCGGCGGAGGUGGAAAUGGUCCCGCAACGUCUACUUCGUCCACGGCAUCUUCCUCGAGCGCGAUGGCAGGAAACUCGGCGGCAGGAAGUUCCUCGUCCACUGGUGGCUCUCUAUCGUCCUCCACGGGUGCACCAUUCGGACUAGGAUGUGGUACAUCAUCCUCGUCUAGCAGUAGUAUUAGUAAUCCGAACUGUUCCCCUGGUGGUGGCAGCGGUAGCGGCAGUGGCAAUCUUCUUCUGCACCAUCACCAUCAUCAUGCACAUCAGUACCAAUCGACAGGUGGAUACGAUCCAAAUGCGGCUGCCUAUAUGCUGCCGGCUCGCAAACGCCCUCGGCGUACUUACUCCAACAAUAAUGACGUUGGGACGUCUAUGGCGGCCACUAUGCCACAGCAACCAACGGCUGCCGCCGCCGCACUACUUGCUGCUACGGGCGGCGGUUCGUCCGCUUCGUCGUCAGUUGCCUGCCGGCCAGCAGCGACAGCGGCAGUAGUAGCGCUCACUUCGCCAGCGACUCCUUCGCCCCCGAUGGCAACGGCAUCGGUUGCUAUGGCCGGCACGAUGUGCAUGCAGUCGGCGGCACACUAUCUGCAGUACGAAAUGCCGGACGAGGUGUUGCUAACGAUCUUUUCCUACCUGUACGAGCAGGACCUCUGCAGGGUGGCACUCGUCUGCAAGCGCUUCCAAACGAUCGCCAACGAUAAGGAGCUGUGGAAGCGGCUCUACCAGAACGUGUACGAGUACGAUCUGCCGCUGUUCAAUCCAGAACCGUGGAAGUUUGUGUUUGUGAAACCGGAUGAGGCGGACUACGCGAAUCCGUGGAAGGAAAGUUUCCGGCAGCUGUACCGAGGAAUUCACGUACGACCCGGCUAUCAGGACCGGCGGUAUCAAGGUCGCACCAUCGCUUACUUCAACACCGUGCAAGGUGCAUUGGAUUAUGCGGACGAAAAGAACACGGCCAACGGAAAUGGGACGACGGCGGGCAAUACCGGUAGCAGCGGUAGUGGCGGCGGAGCAAGUGGGAAUGGUAACAAUGGCAUGGGUGGUAAUAAUAACAGCAAUAGCAAUAACAACAACGGUGACGAUAUGGGCGGAGGAGUAGGUGGGGCAGCUGGUGUCGGAGGUGGCAUCGUCGGUGAAACGAUGGCAACAGGCAGCUUAAUAUUUCUGCACAGCGGUACGUACCGGGGCGAAUUCCUGGUAAUCGAUUCCGAUGUGGCACUGAUCGGGGCAGCCCCGGGAAAUGUGGCCGAAUCGAUCAUACUCGAGCGGGAAUCGGAAUCGACGGUCAUGUUUGUUGAGGGUGCGAAGCAUGCGUACGUAGGACAUAUGACGUUGAAGUUUUCGCCGGACGUUACUUCGACGGUUCCGCACCAUAAACACUACUGUCUGGAGGUGAGCGAAAACUGCAGUCCCACCAUCGAUCACUGCAUCAUCAGGAGCACGUCGGUCGUUGGUGCCGCAGUUUGUGUUAGUGGUGUCGGUGCCAAUCCGCUGAUCAAGUACUGUGACAUCAGCGACUGUGAGAACGUGGGUCUGUAUGUGACAGAUUACGCACAGGGCACCUAUGAGCAUAAUGAGAUUAGUCGGAAUGCGCUGGCCGGUAUCUGGGUGAAGAAUUACGCUAGUCCAAUCAUGCGCGAAAAUCACAUCCACCAUGGGCGUGACGUGGGCAUCUUUACAUUCGACAAUGGCAUGGGUUACUUUGAGAAGAAUGACAUCCACAACAACCGAAUAGCGGGGUUUGAAGUGAAGGCGGGUGCCAAUCCAACCGUGGUCAAGUGUGAGAUACAUCAUGGCCAAACAGGUGGUAUCUACGUGCACGAGAAUGGGCUGGGCCAGUUCAUCGAGAACAAAAUCCAUUCCAACAAUUUUGCGGGUGUGUGGAUUACGUCGAAUAGUAAUCCCACGAUCAGAAAGAAUGAGAUCUACAAUGGUCAUCAGGGUGGCGUGUACAUCUUCGGCGAAGGUCGCGGUCUAAUCGAGCACAACAACAUCUACGGCAAUGCGCUGGCCGGCAUACAGAUACGCACGACAAGCGAUCCGAUCGUGCGGCACAAUAAGAUCCACCACGGUCAGCAUGGCGGUAUCUACGUGCACGAGAAGGGCCAAGGUUUGAUCGAGGAGAACGAAGUGUACGCUAACACGCUGGCCGGUGUAUGGAUCACGACUGGCAGUACGCCCGUUUUGCGACGGAACCGCAUCCAUUCGGGCAAACAGGUUGGCGUGUAUUUCUACGACAAUGGGCACGGCAAGCUGGAGGACAAUGACAUAUUCAACCAUCUGUAUUCGGGCGUACAGAUCCGAACCGGCAGCAAUCCGGUGAUACGUGGCAACAAGAUUUGGGGUGGUCAAAAUGGCGGUGUGCUCGUGUACAACGGUGGUCUCGGUUUGCUAGAGCAGAACGAAAUCUUUGACAAUGCGAUGGCGGGCGUGUGGAUCAAGACGGACUCGAAUCCGACGCUGCGGCGCAACAAAAUCUACGACGGUCGUGAUGGUGGCAUCUGUAUCUUCAACGGUGGCAAGGGUAUACUGGAGGAGAAUGACAUAUUCCGCAAUACGCAGGCGGGCGUGUUAAUAUCGACCCAGAGCCAUCCGGUGCUAAAGCGCAACCGAAUUUUCGACGGUUUGGCGGCCGGUGUCGAGAUCACGAACAAUGCGACGGCUACGUUGGAGUACAAUCAGAUCUUCAACAACAAGUUCGGCGGCCUCUGUCUGGCCAGCGGCGUACAACCGAUCGUCGGCGGGAACAAGAUCUUCAACAAUCAGGACGAGGUGGAGAAAGCGGUAUCGGGUGGACAGUGUUUGUACAAAAUCUCGUCCUACACUUCGUUUCCGAUGCAUGAUUUCUAUCGCUGCCAUACGUGCAAUACUACCGAUCGCAAUGCAAUCUGUGUGAAUUGCAUCAAAACGUGCCACUCCGGUCAUGACGUUGAGUUUAUACGCCAUGAUAGAUUUUUCUGCGAUUGCGGUGCCGGAACGCUGACAAACCAGUGUCAGUUACAGGGUGAACCGACGCAGGAUACGGACACCCUGUACGAUUCGGCUGCGCCGAUGGAAUCCCACACCCUGAUGGUGAACUAGGAGCAUCAAGGAAUGGAAGGCGUACACUAGCAGUCAACAAACUAAGUUGCCACGGUACUCACUCUCCAGCAAAAAAGGGUGUGCAUGAGGAAACAAAACACAAUCUAGAUUGUAAGGCUUCUUUAGGAUACAGCGGCGGAUCGUAAUCGAACCCGCCAACCCAUCUCCGUAGCAUUUGCCGUGGCACUGACAUGGGCAUGGAAACGGAACGGUCACUUAAAAGAACGGCAAUCACUGUAACUGAUGAAAGGUAUAGCCUACCCGGCAAUGUGGUGGUACCCUGGCGGUCACCAUCUGCGGUAGCGCGAAGUCGUAUCCGCAGCGAAGCAGCACAGUAGUAAGCGAUAGUAUUUUAACGUUAAGGGUGUUAGAGCGUACGGGAUUUCGGGACGUUUUUUUUUUUGGGUGUGCGUGUGUAUGCUCCAGUAACUCGUGUCUGUGCUUGUGGCCAUUUCAGUCUGUGUGUAUGUAUGUGCGUGAUUGUGCGAACGAAUGUGUGUGUGAAAUUGUCCCUUUGUUUUGGAGGUUGGAGUGAUCGUACUAUACUAGCAGCUGGCAGGAAGUUUGUCUCAGGACACAGUGAAUCAUACGACACGAUAGGUGAUAAUUCUAUCCAGCACCACGUAACGAUCACGCCUGUAGUCACGCAAAAAAGGUACAUAGUAUUAUUAUUCUUUAUGUUUUGUUUUCGGUGAAUAGAUUGAUGUUCAUGGAUGGUUUGUACCGGGUGGACCUUUUAGCGUUAUUCAGAUGCGGAAAUCAAUCAUGCUCCAUGUGCACGUUCAAUUCCGCAAACGAACUGAUAUUAUUGAUCAAUUGCAAGGAUGUAACCGUCUUUCGCAUAUUAAGAGCAUGAUCGGCGGACUGGAGUGUUUCUGCUCACCCGUUGCAUCAUUACUAACAUUAGGUAAGCUGUGCAAGGCUUUCGAACGGCAGCUCACGGAAUUGCUCCGUGUUAUUGUUCCUUUUGCUACGUGGAACUCGUCUUAGCGAUCUUAACUCCUCCGCCAUAGGCCAUUUGGUAUGAAUAUAGGUAGCUUAGUUUUUGGUAUAACAAAUGUCGACAAGACUUGAGUUACAAAUUCUGUCAACUUAAGGUCUGCGGUGUUGACGAAUUCGCUUUUUUCCCCCUUUCUUGCCCAUUAGUUUCUGUGACGCGGUCUAAGGUCUUUUUUGUGGUUUUGCGUGGCUUCUCCACGGUGUAACAAUUUACGAUCAUAAACAAAGCACAACCGGCAUCGGAACACAGCGCGUAAGGACUGGUUUUUUUUUCUGUAAAGACUGUUUAACACGUUAGUUUGUUCCUUUUUUUACCCAUAAUGCGAUAAGAAUGACAGGACGUACUAAAUUUGUAACAUUGAAAGGCCAUGUCCCCGGUAGAACGCCGGAACCUUAUUCAAGUCAACCAGUUCUGGGUCAUGUCAUGCGAAUGAUGUCGUAGAUGCAUCCCUCAGAAGCGCUGCGAUUGUUCCGUCUGGACCGCAUAGUAUCUGAUAUGAAUGCCUCAAUCGCUUAUUUUUGGCCAUACUCUCGGCAACGGCAGCAGACUUUCAGCACUGUGUGGAACAAGCAUGAAAUGCACAAAGCAACGAUUAAGUUAAAAAUUAUUUUAAACAAGUACAAAAAAUCAAAAACCUCAACUUCUCCUCUUCUCAGGAGGGCGUUGAUCAGGAUUCUACAUUCAUUCAUACUGGCUGGAUCCGUUUCGUAACGCGAUUUUGAUUAACAGAGCACACCCUUGAAGAGUCAAGAAAUCGAGAAUGGAGAGCAAUCAUCCCGCGUCCCAGUGCAUUUAUCUGUGUUAGUACAGGAUCUUAUCGUAUGAUUCGUGAUCGUAUUUCUAUUAUUGUAUUUCUUUAUGAUAUGUUAAAGGUAAUGUCUAAAUUAACAAAGCAAACAUGUUCGCAUCAUCCCUCCCACAUGGCCGCUUCCCUUCCUUCCUCCAUCCAUCCAACAUCUGCCUAUCUGCUCCUGUAUGAUAUUAUACGUUCGUCAUUGUUUUUUUCUUCUUCUGGCCACAUAAGCGCCCGCCUGUGUGGUAUGAUUUGUACAAACUACGGACGUCGAAAAAAAAGUAGAUGAAAUUGAGGAAAACGAAAAGAAAAAAAACAAACUCAGCAUGAUACAAUUAGUCGUAAGGGUCGUAGUUUGGAGGCAGAAACGUAAAAUCGUAUGUAUGUUGGUGACCAUUUUUUAAAUUCUGUGUUACAAUGACUUUUAGUUUUAAUGUCCACUUUAUCCAUUAGUCAAACCGUGUGCAGAUGAAUUGUUCGCACUGCAAGGUAAAUCGUCUACAUAAUCAUAUUGUAACUGGACCCGAUGCAAAUCGUGUGCUUAUGCGUGUGUGCGUGUGUGAGUGUUUCGAGCGCGUAUGAAAAUUUUGCCGUGCACUUUUAAACCAAUUCCAUGUGUUUAGCGUCUUAGUUUGUAAGGUACAUCUUCCGGAUAGGUCUGUGGUGCGGAGGUGGAGAAUGCCGGGAUGGAUGGGGGAAUGUGGGAAUUGGAAAAAUGUGUUACGUCGUAGAGUUGUAUAAAUUAUUAUCAUUGCGUAUAGCGUACAUUUUCCUUGUUUUAGAUCUAAUUACCACUCGCUCUCACUUUUUUACAACUAGGCAAAAUAUUUAUAGGAUCGGAUUAUUAUUUUACAAAACCGCAUAACAUGUACGUAUUAUACAGAAAUAUCGCCCGCUCCUUCCUCCUAGAGCCUGUGACGUUACGACAAACUGGUGUCCAUUUUGCCCGCAAACGUGUGUACCACUGUAAUGUCUCUCUAACAAGCUGCCGCUGUGUGCUGCACCACCCUAAGCCGUGGAUCUGGUGCGGCAGCAGUAGCAGUAGAAAUCAAAUUCAAGAAAGCGGAAAGAAUGCGCCGGUAGUCGUACCAUCUUCAGCUCUAGGCCGUAGGUUCGCAAAUGUUUUCGGAAACACUAAACAAACUGAUAAUUUUCUUAUCGAUUCAUUUUUAUGCAUAUAUAAAAUACGUGUAUCACAAAUUUGA